AUGGCAUUAGUGCAUGGGGAUAAUGGUUACACUGGGACACUGGGAAGGAAAAGAGUCAUGGUUUCCAACAAUGGGGAAGCUUCUCCUCCAUUGACUCCGUUGAAGAGAAUGUUCAGUGGCAGAAUCACUCUGAACUCUGAAAGCUCUUCCCUCAAAACCCUUCCUCAAGACAUUCUGAUAAAGGUGUUGUGUGGUGUGGACCAUGAAGAUUUGAAGCAGCUUUUUCAUGUCUCCAAAACGAUUAGAGAAGCAACUCUGAUUGCGAAGCAGCAUUUUGACUAUACUACGCCAAAAUAG